CUCCCUCCCUGUCCCUGUCCAGGGCCCUAAUAAAGCUAUUUUGAAAGUGACCCAGUCGGUCUGGCUGCCCGAGCGCCCAGAGGGGGAGAGCUCGAGGAGGGAGAGGCCGGAGCUGAGGGCGCAGCUGUUUGGAACCAUGACUGAAGAUGACGGAUUCGGUGGUGGUGGAGGGUCAGGUCAAAUUGAGAGAUGGAAAAAAGUGGAAAACUAGGUGGCUGGUGUUGCGCAAGCCCUCCCCGGUAGCAGACUGCCUGUUGAUGUUGGUAUACAAGGACAAAUCUGAAAGAGCCAAGGGUUACAAAGAGAGGAGCAGUGUGACUCUAGAGGACAUCUGUGGCCUCGAUCCUGGUCUCCUCUACGAGGGCUUGACUCACACUCUAGCCAUCAUUUGCCUGUCCCAGGCUGUGAUGCUAGGUUUUGAAAGCAAGGACACAAUGUAUGCCUGGGAUAUCCGGAUCCGCUACUCUUUGGGGGAAGUCCACAGGUUUCAUGUGGCUGUGGCACCAGGCACCAAGCUGGAAAGUGGACUGGCUACUCUUCACCUCUGCAAUGAUAUUCUGGUGCUGGCUAAAGACAUUCCUCCUGCUGUCAUGGGUCAGUGGAAGCUCUCUGACUUGCGGCGUUAUGGGGCUGUGCCAAAUGGCUUCAUCUUUGAAGGCGGGACCAGGUGUGGGUACUGGGCUGGUGUAUUUUUCCUUUCUUGUGCAGAAGGAGAGCAGAUCAGCUUUCUUUUCGACUGUAUCGUCCGGGGCAUCUCCCCCACGAAAGGCCCCUUUGGCCUGCGUCCUGUCCUCCCAGAUCCAAAUACAAACCCAUCAUCCAUGGAACAGAGAGUGGCCCAUGAAGCACUACAGCUAGAGAAGAGGCUCAGUCUUCUUUCACAUUCGAGUCGUCCGGGAAGUGGAGGAGAUGACAGGAGUUUAUCCAGUUCUUCGUCAGACACCAGCCACUCAGAUGCCAGUGCUGGGAGCCGGCUCACUCUCUGGCCCGAGCAGUCCUCGGCCAGCACCUCCCAGGAGAGCCAGGGGCUGGCAGCUGCUAAGUCUUUCCAGCUUGGGGAAGACAAGGCCCACGCGGAGGCUGCCCAUGGUGCCGCCAAGCCACUGCCCAAGCCUCUCCGGCCCAGACAGCUCCAGGAAAUCGGCCGCCAGAGCUCUUCUGACAGCGGAAUAGCCACAGGGAGUCACUCGUCCUACUCUGGUAGCUUCUCCUCCUAUGCUGGGAGCCUGGACAUCUGCCACGGUGACGAGUUUGGCUCCCUGCUCAGCUUGCCUUUGAACUUUGCUUCAGAACAGAGCUUGUGCACCUGCCAGCCCAGUGAGCCCCACGGGGGCCUGGAGUAUCAGGUUCCCAGCUCUUUCCGACAUCUCUAUGACACACCCAGGAGUGUAUUACAAGCAGCUGCUAAGGAUGCUCAGCGUGGUGGUGGUGCAGAUUCCACGGGACCCAAGGACCAGGCCCCAGGCCCUCAACAGGCCAGUGACCCCAAAGCAGCACCCGCCCCACCCUUGGAGGCAGGAGCUGCCUCUGAGCCUGACCAAGACUUAGGGGGGCCCGCCGCUUCCCUUGCUGAAGGCACCAAAGACUUGGGUGAUGAGACUUAUGCAGAUUUUCUUUCCAGGUGGUCAGGCAUCAAACCUCCAGGACAGGUGUUAGAAUCCCCAAGUAGUGAGUCGGUUUCACCUAGUGGAGUGUCUGCUGAGCCUUGUGAAAUGUGUAGCCCCCGCCCCGGGGCUCCAAGAGCUUUCUUUACAUCAUGUCCAGUCUGUGGUGGACUCAAGGGAGCAGCUCUUUUUCCCCUGAGACUCUUCCCAGCACCCUCAGGAGAAAGACCACGCAGCGAGACCCCUACCUAUGUGAAUAUUCCCGUCAGUCCCACUUCCAAGAAGCAGCUUCACUACAUGGAAUUGGAGCUUCAGGAACCUAGCCCCGGAAUAAGAGGGGCUGGAGCCACCCGGUAUGCCCAGAUUGAUAUCACUGCCACCGAGACAGCGCACAAAGUGGGUGCCCAGCAUGCGCAGACCCGGGAGGAGCGUCUACAGGAACUGGAGCAGAAGCAAAAAGGGGCCCAUCAGUGACCAGCCUGUCGAGAGCUAACGCAGGGCUGCCUUGUUGGGGCUUCCGGGCACUUCUGGGAGGGCUCUGUCUUCUCCUCUUUGGGGUGUGCCACCUUCGGAUCCAACUGUGGCACCUUGCACUCAGACCAGGUGCCUCCUAGACACCUCGCUCAGACAUAGACAAGCAGGUGGUGGUGGCGGUACACCAUGGGCUGAAUAUUUUUCCAGCUAGUAACAUGGUGGUCAGAGGAUCAAUGUUGGGGUAAUGGGAACCCUCAGGUUAGUUUCUUGUCUCUAGAUCUCUGUGUCCCCUUGGAGACAGCAACAUGGUAAAGCUGGAAGAACACUCCCGAGAGCUGGUGUCAGAGCACUGGGUUUGAAUCUUUGCUGGGCUGUGCGACCAUGGGCAAGUUAGUCACCUUCUCUGGGCCUCAGAUUUUCAUCUGUAACAUGAAGGCAUUGGACUAGAUGAUCUCUGAAGCCCCUUUUAGCACAAAUUCCCAUGACGGAAUGUGGAGGGGGGCAUGCCGCAAAGCUGAAUGAUCAUGCACAGAGAGACAGCACUCAUCCCACAGCAGGAAGUGCCCAGAAAAUGCUAAAUAGUAUGAUGGAAACUGAGUGAGACAGCGUGAGACAGCUUUGGCCCUUGGACCCAUGCACGUCUUGCCAUCUCUGUGUGGAAUCAUCCUGAAAGCAGGGCUGGAAUUCCAGCCUGGAGGUACUGGGUUUGGUGGUUUUUCCCCCCUUCAUUUCUCUCCGGUGGAGAAGUCCCUAGUGACUGCAGGGAAAAACCCUUCAAAAGCAAAUAACAUGUAUCCAAGCUGUUUCAGUUUAAAAAAUAAUAAUAAAAAAGGACAGAAAGUGCCACCAGCAACUCACCAAUAAUCCUUUGAGGAUAGUCACCGGAGGCUGAAGGCACAGGCUGCUGAUGAGAGAAAAACUGCAGUUUUGCACAUUUUUUCAGGGGUGGAUUGGGGUGAAUGUUGGCAUAUCUGCACUGGAACCUUGGCUCUGUCCUUACAUAGAUAAUGGGGAUGAUGAUGAUCACUGCCCUGCCCUGCCUCCUUCACAGGGCUGUUGUGAGGAUCAAAUUAGAUAAUGUGUGUAAGGCACUUUAUAAUCCAUAAAGUGUUAUUUCAAGGUGAGCUAUUUAUUAUGAUUAAUUAUUGCUGUUCUUUAUAGAUUGACAGUUCAUCUGUGGGGGUACCUCCUCCAUGCAGAUCCUGACUCCUCUGUGCCUUAAAAAUUCCUCUGCUUCAUGGCACCCCAUUCGGUGAUGGGCCCUCUCCAUGCUUGGCUCAGCUCAUCUUCAGACAACAAAGAGAGAGGUCAUCAAUGGGCUGUGGGAAGGCUCUGCACAGGGGAGAACUCCAGAGCCCAGAGGACGCCCCCAUGCUAUGAUGGAGAAUUAGAAUGGAAGGUUCUUUUGAUGAGACGGUGGUUGUGUCAGUAGCAGGGAGUUUCCUGAUAGACACAUAGGUACAACCGCCAUUGAGACCCCAUCUGGGUAGCACCACUUCCUUUAUUUUUGUGGCAUUGACUCCUUGGGCGGAUAGACAGGAACCUUUCACGUUAGAGUUUAGGCUGGUUUAUUUUACCAGAUCCCAACAGUGGCAUUCAAAAGUCUGAGUUUCAGUCUGAGUUACCAUUUGAAUAGCGUUAAGUAAUUUCUUCCUGCUGUCUUAUAAGGCAUUAGGACCUAACAUCAUGGACUUUCUCAUGUGUAUAGGUAUUAAUAGACUGCAUUGUAUCUUAGGAAAGAACUAAACUGUUUUUUAAAUGAAGAGAAUUUUAAAAAAUGCUCCCUGCAUGAUAGUAGGCCCAAAUGGUAAAAGCCUGUCCUGUACAUGUAUAUUAGAGGAAGCCUAUAAUUUAUCUGAUUGUAAUUGCUUCUUGGGACCUAUUCUAGUGGCUCGUGUAAAUAGUUUUAAAUCCUUGAUAUAUUUUAAAAUGCAUAUUAUUUUCUUGUUGGAAAGUGGUGUUCUCUUUUGUAAUGUUUUCUUGUGUCUUUAUAUGUGAUUUUGGCUUUAUCUGUUCUCCACACGACUCAGAGCUGACAUUAGGUAUUUACACUGCUUUACACUGUAGGGGCAACGCAGAUUCUAGGCUUGUGGGGGUCUUCUGUGCCCUCACAACAGGCAGGUGGAAGAAUGACUUUUCUGAUGUGAUAAAUCAUGGUUACUCACCGCGGUGUCAAACUUCAAGGAAUUCGAGUUUUUAAAUCCCGGCUCUCUGACGAGGGCUGUGUGACCUGGGGAACGCAUUCGAUUUCUCUGUGCCUAGGUUUCAGUGCUUACCUACCUGACAGGGGUGGUAGGUAGAUUAACGAAUGUGCAAAGUGCUAGAACUAUUGGAGUGUUCUUAAGACUCAAGACCAUUAUAUGUGGAAUACAAUAUCACAAAACUUUUUAAUGGAUUGACAUUAUUUAUGAUGAAUAUGGACUGGCCCUAUGUUACACAGGGUCUCCAAUGUAAUAGCUUUUAGGGUCAUCCCUGAUUUCAUUUUCUUGAAGGGCUCAAUAAAGCAAAAUUCAAAUGCUUAUUUGAAGUGACAACUAGCAAAGUAUUUGUCCACAUGCAUAUGUUGGGGAGAUGAGGAAAUUGUGACCAAGGUAGAGGUACAGGAAUGAGACAAACCUGGUCACUAGCUGGUGGUCUUUAUAUCGGUCUGAAUUUUAAAAUACUACCACAACAGCCUCUUCAACUGAAUUAGCCCCGUGUUAGCUGUAAGAGUUGGAGGAGAAGAAUGUAUGUGACGCUACGGAAAGAUUGUUGGCCUGGAAGAUAGGAGUCCUGACCACUACUAGCCAGAGCCCCACCAUUGUGUAACCUUGCACCAGUCACUUCCCCUCGGCCUCAAUUUCCUCAUUUAGAAAAUGGGGGUAUGAGUGACAGAGAGAAUUGUGACACACUCUCUGAUCCCUUCCAGCAUGAAGAGUCUAGGAUUAUUUGUAAAUGAUCCUACUGCUCCAUUUUAGGCACAAGCAGAAAACCCACCUAUCAGAAUGGUCAUUUUCACUUUUCUUGCCCAUGCAAAGAAAUUAAGAAAUAUCUGAGAGAUGGAAAAUUGAAAGCAUCUAAGAGGUGGAAAGAUGAAGAGGAAACAGAAGCCAGAUCAUCUACAAGGUGGACAUAUUCUCUCCUACCUCCUGGUUAAAUGGGAACUAGCUAUUAAUGGAAUUGAUACACACAAAAGUGAAUAUAUUUUGCAAUAAGAUAAUAUUUAUAAAGUGCUUAGAACAGUGCCUGGCACAUAGAAUAAACAUCAAUAAAUCUUCCUUCCUUCCUUCUUUUCUUCUUUCUUUCCUUCUUUCUUGCGUACCUAGACUUCUAAUAUCCCUUCUGACUAGGAUUCUAUGAUUUCAUUAGAAGAAAAAUAAUAGUUUCUUCAAGAAUUAGACCUUAUAUUCUAAGGUUCUCACCCUGAUGGACACAGGAUUUUAUCAUGUCUUCUUUAACAACAGUUCUGCUGGAUUCCCGAAAGCCAAAUAUAUGGCUAAAGGAGUCAAGGAAGGCAGGGGAGCAUUCUCAGAUUCUUUCCUUGACUACAAGUGCAUCUGAAAGUCAGCUCACUUCUCAGUUGACGGAAACAAGGGCAGGUAAUAAAGGA